AUGACAACUCUACAACUGACGCUCCUACAACAACCACACCUACUACGACAGCUACAACUGAAGUUCCUACGACCACUACAACAGCAGGACCUGCAACAACAACUGCAGCUCCUGCGACAACUGGAGCUCCUGCGACAACUGCAGCUACUCUCCUACGACAACGGCAGCUCCUGCAACAACUGCAGUUCCUACGACAACUGCAGCUACUACGACAACUGCAGCACCUACGACAACGGCAGCACCUACGACAACUGGAGCACCUACUACUACAACUGCACUACUUCUGCAGCUCCUACGACAACGGCAGCUCCUGCGACAACUGCAGUUCCUACGACAACUGCAGCUACUAUGACAACUGCAGCAACUACUACAACUGAAGCUACGACAACAACCACACCUUCCACUACAGCUACAACUGACGGUCCGACAACAACCACACCUACUACGACAGCUACAACUGAAGCUCCUACGACCACUAAAACGACAACUGCUGCUCCUGCGACAACUGGAGCACCUACUACGACCACUGCAGCGCCUACUAUGACAACUGUAGCUCCCACAACAACUACUUCUGCAGCUCCUACGACAACUGCAGCUCCUGCGACAACUGCAGUUCCUACGACAACUGCAGCUACUACGACAACUGCACCUACUACGACAACUGCAGCACCUACUACGACCACUGCAGCGCCUACUACGACAACUGUAGCUCCCACAACAACUACUUCUGCAGCUCCAUCGACAACUGCAGCUCCUGCGACAACUGCAGUUCCUACGACAACUGCAGCUACUACGACAACUGCACCAUCUACGACAACUGCAGCACCUAUGACAACUGGAGCACCUACUACGACAACUGCAGCACCUACUACGACCACUGCAGCGCCUACUACGCCAACUGUAGCUCCCACAACAACUACUUCUGCAGCUCCUACGACAACUGCAGCUCCUGCGACAACUGCAGUUCCUACGACAACUGCAGCUACUACGACAACUGGAGCACCUACUACGACAACUGCAGCACCUACUACGACCACUGCAGCGCCUACAACGACAACUGUAGCUCCCACAACAACUACUUCUGCAGCUCCUACGACAACGGCAGCUCCUGCGACAACUGCAGUUCCUACGACAACUGCACCAUCUACAACAACUGCAGCACCUACGACAACUGAAGCACCUACUACGACAACUGCAGCACCUACUACGACCACUGCAGCGCCUACAACGACAACUGUAGCUCCCACAACAACUACUUCUGCAGCUCCUACGACAACGGCAGCUCCUGCGACAACUGCAGUUCCUACGACAACUGCAGCUACUAUGACAACUGCAGCAACUACUACAACUGAAGCUACGACAACAACCACACCUUCCACUACAGCUACAACUGACGGUCCGACAACAACCACACCUACUACGACAGCUACAACUGAAGCUCCUACGACCACUAAAACGACAACUGCUGCUCCUGCGACAACUGGAGCACCUACUACGACCACUGCAGCGCCUACUAUGACAACUGUAGCUCCCACAACAACUACUUCUGCAGCUCCUACGACAACUGCAGCUCCUGCGACAACUGCAGUUCCCUCCUACGACAACCUCAACUGCAACACCUUCUACAACUGCAGCUCCUACAACCACUAUGACUGCAGCAACUACUACGACAACCACAACUGCACCUACUGCUACAACUACAACUGCAGAUCCUACUACAACAUUAGUUGUAGUUUCAACACCUACUAUGAUAACUGCAGCACCUAUUACGACAACUGCAGCACCUAUUACGAAAACUGUAGCUCCUACAACAACUACUUCUGCAGCUCCUACGACAACGUCUACUGCAUCACCUUCUACAACUGCAGCUCCUACGACCACUACGAUUGCAACAACUACUACGACAACCACAACUGCAGAUCCUACUGCUACAACCACAACUGCAGAUCCUACUACAUUAGUUGCACUUAUGACAACACCUGCAACGACAAUUGCCGCUCCUACGACAACUGCAGCUCCUAUGACAACUACAGCUCAUACAACUGCAUCUCAUACAACAAUAACUGUAUCUCUUUUUACCACUACACCUGUAGCGCUUACUACAGCCACAACAGCAACACCUACAAAUACAACUGGAGCACCUGCUACAGAAACUACAAUUGCACCUACUACGACAACCACUACUGCAACUUCUAUGAUAACUGCAGCUACUCUGACCAAUGUAGCUCCUACGACAACCAGAACUUCAGUUUCUACGACGAACACCACCUUAGCUCCUACGACAACAACGACAACUGCAACUCCUAUGACAACGACAACUCCAGCACCUUAUAUGACAACCGCAACUGUAGCUACAGCAACAACUGUAGCUCCUACAACAAUACUAUCUGUAGCUUCUACAACCACUAA